AUGUGGUCGUCCCAGCUUCUCCCUUGGGCUACAGGCCUUGGUUUGAUAUCGACUGUGCUGGCUUCACCUUUCCGUGUGCAGGAAGUAGGUGCCGUUUUGGCUAUCGAUUCUGACUUCCCGGACCCAAGCUUUGUGCAAGCAGCGGACGGCACUUGGUAUGCCUUUGGCACCAAUGGAAACGGCAAGCGUGUCCAGGUAGCUUCUUCUGUGGACUUCAAGUCAUGGACUCUUCUUGACAAGGAGGCUUUACCUACACUUGCCAGUUGGGAGACUGAGAUAGAUCACUGGGCACCCGAUGUGAUAAGACGGAACGAUGGCCGAUACGUCAUGUACUACUCGGGUGAAGCCAAGGAGAUGGUGAGGCACCAUUGCGUUGGUGUCGCCGUCUCUGAAGGCACAGAUCCUACUGGACCCUAUGUACCUAACGAGACACCUCUGUCUUGCCGUCUGGACCAAGGUGGCUCAAUUGAUCCGGCGGGCUUCCUGGACAAGGAUGGCAGCCGCUAUGUGGUAUUCAAAGUUGAUGGGAACAGCAUUGGAAAUGGUGGCGACUGCAACAAUGACAUCCCUCCUCUUAAAUCGACUCCUAUUCUUAUGCAGAAAGUUGCGGAUGAUGGCUUCACUCCGGUUGGUGAUGCUAUCCAGAUUCUUGACCGUGAUGACAGUGAUGGGCCGCUAGUCGAGGCCCCCAACCUGAUUCUACACGGGGAUACAUACUUUCUCUUCUACUCCACGCAUUGCUACACCGACCCCAAGUACGACGUUCGUUAUGCGACCUCAAAGUCUAUCACCGGGCCCUAUGUCAAGAAUGGUGAGAAAUUACUCAAAUCUGGUGAUUAUGGUCUUACUUCUCCUGGGGGUGGUACUGUCUGUGGUUGCGGAGAUCGGAUGUUGUUCCAUGGCUUCUGUCGAAACAACACACGGUGUACAUAUGCUGCCGAUAUCUCCAUAUCAGACCAGCAGGUGACUCUCCUAUGA